AGUUUGGCUCGCUGUGACGCAUCAUAUGGAUAUGGCUACUUACAUAUGAAUAUGGGUUAUUUACCUGUUUCUCGAUUGGAGUAUCAGGGAACACCCGUUGACACCUUGAUAACCAGGGCCGUUCCUGAGCACAGACUGGACUGAGCCACCAUGGAUACCGAUGUCAACCAGCCUCUCCAACAUUUCUUCAACUGUUGCAUACCUACUCUGUCUCUCUCUCUUUGAAUCUGUAAAGGGGCUGUCCAAACCGAGCCACAAGAGAGAGGAGUGCGGAGAAAGUCUAUGGACCUUGACCAGACACCAGAUAUGCAGCAGUCUCAACAUCUCUGUCCGCAUCCGAUGCUUUAAAAGGCCGGAUGUUGAGGGAGCCAACCAACCCUUACCCAUCAGGUAGACCGAUGCAACGGCUACACGUAAAAGACGACAGGGAGCAAUAGGAAUCGUAACGUCUCUGUAUCAAACCCCUCUUUCAAAGAGAGGUUGGGGUGGAUCUUGAAUUUGGGUCUAGGCUGUUGAUGGUGGUGCGCUAACAAAUUUACCAACAUCUUAGUCCUGUCCGAGAUAGCACCCUAUCAACCACCCCGCCAUCGUUGGUGUUUACUGCCAAGUGCCAAGUCUCUCGAGCUCAAAGUCGCGGCCGACCAUGAACAGCGCCAGCUCAAAGGCAUUCGUCAAUGGCUCCAAAGCUGCCUGUUGUUGGGUACAUCGCUUGUAUCGAAUGACGUCGCCGUCCUCCAAUUAAUAGCCAGCGAUUGUCGGACAAGAACCACUCCUAACACGAGCCUCGAGCCUCUUCCGGCGCGGGGAUCUUUCCAGCGGAUAUCGCGACAUUCGAGGGCCAACCUUGAACAGCACUUAUCUUGCGACAACCUCAGACCAUCGUCUCCAUUUCCUGCACUUCUGUCCACUUUCCCCACCGCAUGAUCUGCGCCAUUGCAACCGUUUGCCGAUGACCUUUCAAGCAAUGCGGGCUGUGGGGUACUUCUUACAUCUAGGCUAUCGGCGCUGGACAGGACCCUGACCUCUUCCUCCCUCUUCGCUUCUUCUUCAACUCUCACGGCGGGGACGGAGAGCGUGACAUGAGUGGCAUGUUCUGAUGAUCUUUAUGACCUCUUCUUUCUACCUUUUCUUUGAACGAUCUCAUCCCCUCAGCUCACACAUGAUAUCUACCUAACACCGCCAUCAUGGAACCCGAAGCCCUCAACAAGAGGACCAAGCUCGGCGUCACGUCCGGCGUCUACAUCCCGGUGUGCCUCAACAUUCUCAGCAUUCUCAUGUUCUUGAGAUUCGGUCUCAUUCUUGGACAAAUCGGCCUACUGGGCAUGCUUGGCCUGCUUCUCGUUGCCUAUCUCGUAGACUUUGUGACCACUCUUUCGCUCUCCGCUAUUGCUUCCAAUGGAGAGGUCAAGGGCGGUGGUGCCUACUACCUCAUCUCAAGAUCUCUCGGUCCCGAGUUCGGCGGCUCUAUCGGCCUGCUCUUCUACCUCGCUCAGGUCUUGAACACGGCCCUCAACGUUGUCGGUCUUAUUGACUGCAUUAAACUCAACUUUUACGAUGUCAUGCCCCAUGGAUACUGGUGGGACUAUCUCUUUGAGACGGUUGCUCUGGUGGUGUGCACUGGGCUUUGCCUUGCUGGAAGCUCCAUCUUUGCCAAAGCUAGCAACGCGCUUCUGGUGGUGCUUGUCGUCGCCAUCCUCAGCAUCCCCUUCUCAGCCGUGUUCAACCCAGCCUUCAUUGAUGCGGACAGGGGGAUCGAGUUCACGGGCGUGAGUCUCGCAACCCUGAAGGCAAACCUCUUUCCACACACUACCGGCAUGGAGUAUGCCGGUUUUGAUACUUUUAGAAGUCUCUUCGGUGUCUUGUUUCCGGCAACUUCGGGUAUCUUUGCCGGUGCGUCCAUGUCGGGAGACCUCCGAAACCCCAGCAAAUCCAUUCCUCGUGGAACACUAUGGGCCAUGUUCUCGACCCUCAUUGCCUACUUGCUGGUGAUCUUUUCUUUGGCGUCUAGCACAACUCACAGCUCGUUUCUCCGGAACGGCAACGUUAUUCAGGAAACAAAUGUCUACCCUCCCAUCAUCUUUGCUGGAGAGUUCGCCACGACCUUCUUCUCGGCCCUCAUGGGAGUGAUUGGCUCUGCAAAGCUCAUGCAAGCUCUCGCCAGAGACAAGUUAUUCCCGGGUCUGUCAGUAUUCGGCAAGGGGACGAAAAAGGCGGACGAGCCUAUCGUUGCCAUCUUUUUGACCUACAUAUGUGCCCAGAUGGCCAUGUUUGCCAACCUUAACCAGAUCGCCACCUUGAUCUCCAUGGGAUAUCAGAUGACCUUCUUCGUCAUGAAUCUUGCGUGUUUCCUUCUCAAGAUUGGCUCGGCGCCAAACUUCAGACCGGGCUUCAAGUUCUUCAAUUGGCAAACGGCCUUCAUUGGCAGCAUCCUGUCGGCCGCUGCCAUGUUCUUCAUUGAUGAGACCUAUGCCACCACGGCCGUCUGCCUCUUGGUCUUUUUGUUCCUGCUGAUUCACUAUCUGAGUCCCCCCAAGCACUGGGGUGACGUUUCGCAAAACUUGAUCUAUCAUCAAGUGCGCAAGUACCUGCUACGUCUCAAGCCCGAGCACAUCAAGUUCUGGAGACCCCAGAUCAUCCUGCUCAUCAAUAACCCGAGACGGCAAACCCGCCUUAUUCAGUUCUGCAACUCGAUGAAAAAGGGCUCCCUCUACAUCCUCGGCCAUGUCAUCGUCACUGACGACUUCACCAUGGGCGUCAACGAGGCCAAGAUGCAACAAACGGCUUGGUCCAAGUACAUCUCCGAAUACUCAAGGAUCAAGGCCUUUGUGCAGCUCGCCAUGUCUCCAUCCAUCACCUGGGGUGUCAGAAACCUGAUCUUGUCUGCAGGCCUAGGGGGCAUGAGGCCCAACAUCGCAGUGCUUGGAUUUUAUAACAUGGAUGACUUGCGCCGCUCCCAAUCCUCCCUCCAGGUUCCUGAGGCGCCCAUCUCUCCCGCAACGGCUGCCCGGAUAGACGACAAGACGGAGACUCCGGUCCGCAGGAGGAAGAGAGGAGACACAUCGGCGCGCUUGAUGGAAGGGUCGUUGCCCACCGAUGCGAUCAAGACUGAAGACAUGAUGUCUGCCACGAGUUACAUGACCAUCCUGGAAGACUUGGCUCUGAGGUACCGUCUGAACGUUGCGAUUGGUAAAGGAUUUGAUACGCUUGAAACGCCUCGGAAGGAUAAGACGAAUACCAAGAAGUACAUCGACUUGUGGCCUAUCCAGAUGUCUGCUGCGAUUAGUGCUGAUGGCCAGAGCGUUUUGACCACCAAUUUUGACACAUACACAUUGAUUCUUCAGCUUGGGUUUAUCCUUCACACCGUACCCGCUUGGAAAGCAGCACACAAGCUUCGAGUGCUCGUCUUUGUCGAAUACGAAAGCGAGGUCGCCGAAGAAAAGGUCAGACUCAAGACGCUGCUCAACAAGCUCAGAAUCGACGCCGAAAUCUUGGUCUUUUGGCUCGCCUCUGGUGACCUCUCGACUUACGAGACCAUCAUCCACGGCCAUUACAAGAGUCCAGAGACGGAUAAUGUGGUUAACGAGUGUCUCAAGAACCAAGAAUGGUGGGAGGAUUUGCAAAACUACCGCAGCAGCCGGUCGAUGACGGGCUCACAAGAAUUUGCCUCGAUAUCACACGUCGUUGAAUCUACGUCGGGACGGCCGGGACUCUACAAUCCCCAUGCCCCGCCGCAGGAAGGACUCGAAAGGCGGCGCCAUAGUUUGGCGCAGCUGACGGAACUUCCCAAGAAGCCGACAGUGUCGCAGCUGGUCAAGAUGGGCAUCAGCAUGGGCAUUCACACACAAAACCUGCCCUUUAACGUCUUUGACAGCUCGGACACGGAUAUUGGCAUUGAUAGCGAUAGCGACAGCGACUCCUCCGAAACGGCUGGCGCAGACGGGACGUUCAAUGACGCGGACAGUGUGGCAAGCGAGGGUGAAGAUGGCACAAGGCGUCCCCUCCUCGCGACAAUCCGCCGGCGAAGAAGCUACGGAGAUGUACUCGCCCCGGCACCAAGAAGCCCAAGGAAAGAGAGGAGGCCAAAGGGUUCGCACUCAUCGACACCGCGGUCUUAUGGGUCAAUAACACCGGUUGCACGGACUGCGAGUGACCUAAGCGUCAACCGACCCAGCAACGGUGGGGAGCGGUCAACAUCGCCCCAAGCCAAGCGUGGGAUCUUGAAGCCCGAAAGGCCCCCUUUGGCGCGCCAAGGAUCGACGGCAAUGAGAUUCUCCAGCAACCUCGUCCCUCAGACCACAAUCACCAACGAGGAAGGCACCGGCCCAAGAAUCAUGUUUGCCGAAGAUUCUGGGACACGCAGCCCUGCCUUUUCCCGACAAGGUUCAGUUAUCGGUUUGUCAGCCAGAAUGGCCGAGGAUGCACCGCUUCUCGGAAGCGAUGAUAACGUGGCCGAUAAAAAGGUUGCGUUUGCAGAGGGUAUCAAGUCCCCGGCAAGGUCGCGUCGGAACUCGGCAUCAAAGGGACAGGAUAAUGGUGGGGACGCUUCACUCAACAUUGCCAGCUUGCUUGACUCUUACCAGCUUCCUGACGACGACGCCAGCAACAAUAACGGCUCCAGCUACUCUACUCAGGGGUUGGCUUUGUCAUUCAACGAUCUUCCGAGCCGCGCGCAGCAUUUGAUUCUCAACGAGCUGAUGCAUAAGCAAAGCAAGGACACGGCUGUCUUGUUCACCACACUUCCUAUUCCCGAAGAGAACACCUGUCAAAGUGAGGAGGCGAGUCUGGCAUAUCUGUCUGAUGUCGAGGUGUUGUGCAACGGCCUGCCGCCCACCUUGCUGGUUCUGAGCAACAACAUGACAGUGACCGUCAGUCUUUAG